UGUCGCCUUUGAUGGCUCAUCUCAAGAGAACAUGGAAAGAAAUGAACAUCUUCAAACAGGUAAAUUGUUCAUUAUUAUUUUAUGGUGUUAAAAAUGAUAAAAAAAAUAUACUGGAUAAGAAAUUAUGAAAUUCCAUAAAAAAUUGUAUGAUUUUUAAAUACCCUAAUUAAAUUUAAGCAAAGAGUUUAUGUUUAAAAUUUGGCUUUCUUUAUAAGAAUUUGUAUAUCAAUAUUUCUAUACAGUUAUAUUACUAGAUCUCAUACUUCACUUAACGAUACAGUUUGAAAUGCAAUCAUAUUUGACUGAGAAAUAAAUAGUUCUUCAUUAACGAAAUAAUUUGUUAUCUGUAAUCAACCCAAGAAGCCUGAAUUCUUGUUUUAAUAAAUACAAAAUCAUACACUUUAUGGAGACAGAAUUCUAUGGGAUGUGCUUCCAUUUUUUUUUUUACGUUACAUUUGUUUUGUUAUUCAUUUGCAUUUUAAAAACUUUCAGUCUCUUCAAUAUAGGAAAUAAUGUUAAAACUUGUAUUUUUUUUGUUCUAGAAAAUCCAAGACCCCUCCAGAGAGAAACUCCUUCCAGACCCUUUAAAGUAUCCGUACAUACAGCCACCCUACACACUUGUGAUUGAACUUACUGGUGUACUCAUUCAUCCUGAUUGGACAGUGAGUGGAAGUUUUCUGCUAUCUAUGCAUCUGUCACUUCAGCUUCUAGUUAAAAGCAUAUACAGGGAUUUGACCAUCUUCUGUUGCAAGAAUAGGAACUUGUAUUUAAAAAAGGAUAAAUUCAAAGCACUGUAUGAAUUCUAUGAAUCAUGCUUUCAUAUAAGUACCUUUAAUUUCUAUGUUAACUAUCAUAUAAUAAUCUUACAAAAAGAAUUAUGUAAGUAUUAAAAGUAAAAAUAUUUUGUUUACUUUUUUUUAUGAAUCUUAAGAUCUCAAUGACACUGACUAGUUUCUUAGCCUAGUAUACCUGCUCAGUCACAAUUUAUUAGCACAAGUAUACAUUAUUUAGUUUGGUGACAAAAUGACAGGCACUCCAAUUACAGAAGAAUGCAUUUAUCACCAAAAAAUGCAUUUUUAUACUUAAUGUCUAAACCUCAAAAUUACAUUUAAGGCAGUUAGUAAUCAUUCUUGACAAAAUUUGGCACAUUUAUUCUUUUGGACCUCAAGAGACAACUCAACUACUUUCAGGUCACACUGUCCUUAAAAACCUGUGACGGUCUAAUUGACUGAUUGUGAGAUAAAUAUUAUACACCUGGUCUUACCUUAUUUUUUAUUUAUAUGUAUGUGCAUUUCAUGGAGAUUAUGUUUGCAUUAAUUUUCCAACCAAACUUUUCAUGUAUCUAGUAUGGAACUGGCUGGCGGUUUAAGAAGCGUCCUGGCAUAGAUUACUUUCUCCAAAAUGUUGGACCUCCAUUGUUUGAAGUGGUCAUUUAUUCUUCUGAAGCUGGCAUGGUCAGUAUAAAACAGGUUUUGUCGUUAGUCUAUUUUAAAUUCUUGAUUUGCAAUGAAGCUAGUAAACAAAUUAUAGCAUGAGUAGGGUGGUGAAACACAAUAUAGCAGGUUGAAUCAAAUCAUUGAUUGCUUGUGGGUUUUUUUAAAUUUUACUGGACAAGACCAUCCAUUAUAUCUAUUUAACUGUUGUCAUUUAUUUAAGUUUAGCUAUAUUAUCCCAUCAAAAUAAUUCUGUAUGCUAUUAUUGUUUGUUAAUCUCAUGGAAUCAUUUUUCUUAUGAUAUGACUGUAAUACCAAAUAACUGUUUCUUUAUGAUAUAACUGUAGUUUCAAACAAUUGUUUUUGUUAUAAUAUCAAUAAUUGUUUUUGUUAUAUUCAGACUGCAGAUCCCUUAGUUAAUCACCUAGAUCCACAAGGCUACAUUAUGUAUAGACUUUAUCGAGAUGCUACUCGAUACAUGGAGGGACAUCACGUCAAGGUAUUAAACCUUACUAUACAUUACCAUAAUACUAUUAAAUAUAAGGUAGACAGGAUUUUUAGUAAUAAAUAUUUUAUGAAGAUAUCACAAACAAAUGUUUUUUCAUCCGGCUGAUCAAUUAUAAUUUGGUUGUAAUUUCUUACACUCAUUCUUGUAUUUUAAGCUAAAUUGAAUCUUUUUUCUCUCCAUAAUUUGCUCAUUGCUCUACUUUCACUUGCUCAUCAUUUGGUCACCUAAAAAUAACAUAUUAUUUCUUAGUUAAGUAUUAUAGUAUAAUGUAAAAUAUAUUGACAGCUCAUUUCCUUAUUGAAUAUUUUUUUAUGAUGUUAUUUUGUUUCACUUCGAUCAGGAUCUUUCGUGCCUGAAUCGGGAUAUGUCCCGAAUCAUUAUGUUGGACUGUAACCCAGAAUCUGUUAAACUACAAAAUCGAAAUGCUUUUGUGCUCAAGAAAUGGACAGGGGAAGAUGAGGACAGAACUUUAAUAGAUUUGGCACAUUUCCUUAAAAGUAGGUUUUUCAAACAAAUUUAUCCAUUAACUUGAAAAGAAACUAGAACAUUGCUAUCCAGCCUUUUUUGACCAAUGGCCCAAAAAGUGUUUUCCGGAAACCCGAGGGCCGCAGAUGACAUUUUAAAAGAAAAUUAUUCAUAUUAUUUAUACUUCUUACUUAUGCAUAAGAGUCAUAUAUCCAAAUAGCAUUAUCGGCUCAUCAAGAAAAUAAAUAAAACUAAUCAAAAGCUUUUGUGACCUCCUCCUUUUCUAUUUUACAACUUCUCCUGUGCUCUCACAACAAUGCUGAAGCAAUGAAUGUGGUUUGAAAAUAUUGUCACCUUCAAAUGUUUUAUUUUUUUACACACAUCAUAAUAAUUUCUCAAGCUGUGACAUUUUUGUAUUAAAAUAAAUUUUUUGUUCCUUAAUUCGUAUUAUACCUGGAUCACAUUAUACACUCUAUAAUAGACUGUAAAUGCAGCUAAUUAUUAUUUAAAUUUACUGGUAAUGAAAUGGAAUCUUGUUAGGGAUAUGCUAGACUAGGACCUCAGCGAGAUGCUAUUACAAAUUCAUUAUUUAAUUUACCUUAAAAAAAUAAUAAAAAUCUGCCAUGACCUGCACAUAAGCCACUCAUCCCACUAAUUCUCCCCUGAAAUAUUUUUUCAAAAUUCGGCUCCAGAAUACUACAGUAAUUUUAAUGGGUGUUGGGCUUUGAAACAGCUGAUGUAGAUUGUGUUUCCUCACAGUUUGUGUCUUAUAAGACUUCCAAGCUAUUUUCUUAAAGCUAACCCAUGUCUGCGACUCCCCAGCUAUUGCUGCCAGUGGAGUGGAUGACGUCAGACCAGUCUUAGAUUACUACAAUAAGUUUGAUGAUCCUCUGUCAGCUUUCAAGGACAAUCAAAGAAAACUACAGGUAGGACAUUUUGAUUUGUUUUUAAACUAAUUUUACAAUUGUAAAUUUCUUAUAUUUAUUUAUAUAAUAAAGAAAAUUAUUAUAUAUAAAAUUAAAAAAUUAAACAUAUUUAACCUUUACAGGUCUAAUCAUAUUUUUAAAACCAUUUUUAGUUGACAUAUUUCUACAGUAGUUCUGUUACUUUCCAAUGUAAAGCUACCCUAUAAUAUUCAUUUGCUGAUAAACACUCUUGGCUGUGCAAGAUAAGAUAAAAUGUAACUUAUUUGAGAUGCUGAGACCAAUAAUUAUAAACCCAAAUGUUUUUAAUCUUGCUAUCAAUUGGUAAAAUUGAGGAAAAAUCCUCAACCAAAGUGGAAUAAAUCUGGAAACCUAGUUUUAUAUAUAUACAUAUUAUAAACAAUCAUACAUGUCGAUGUAUUAUAUAUUAUUUGAACAGGAGGAAGAGGAGGCAAGAGCCAAUCUGGCCAAAGGAGAAGUCAAGAAAAAGGGUUGGUUGUCUGGGCUCACAAGUAAACGAUCAUAGUUGAAUGUUGUAUGGAUCAACUCACUGAUCAACAUUUGUUAGACUUCUCAGUGAUCAACUUGUGUUUGACUUCUCAGUGAUUACCUGUGUUUGACCUAUGACAUUGAUCAUCAUGUGUUGAACUUCCAGGUCGACUUGUCUUGUGUCAGUGCUAAACAUGUAUUUUGGUCACAUCUUGAUGAAUAUAUAUAUAUCUACUGUAUAUUCUAGAGUGAAUGUGUCUGAUUUAAUGUUGCUUGGUAAAUGAGACUUUGUAGAUUGUUAGAGUGCUUCAUAUUUUGAUGUUCUUCUUUGAUAGAAUGUUCUUACCAGUAAGAAGUAAGUGGGUUUAUGUUUCACUAGUUUGCCUGCAAUAUUUCUUGGUCUAAUCAAUUUCUUAUUACAAUCUAAGGUUCUAGGAAAAAAAAACACCAAAAUUUGAGCAGGAUAUUACGAGUAUUGGAUUGCAUUUUUUUACACAAAUCUAACUAGCUUAGGUGGCUACAGUGUUUGCAAGCUUGAAUUAAACCAGAGUUGACUAAAGUUGGCCAGAGGAGUUAACCAAACUUGACCAAAUCAAGUUUUUUAAAACACAAUAAUAAAUGAUUUUUCAUGGUAUAUUGUUACAAAAUGUGAUGUAUCUGUAUUCAAUAUUUUUAUGAAGUGAUUUUUUAAUAAAUUUUUGUUCACAAAAAAAAAAAUGAAUGGAAGAAAUGAAAAGGUUGAUGUUUGUUUGCCAGGAUAAUGCAACUUAUUGGAUUGUUAAACUUACUUCAGAUACCAGUUUAGUGAUUAUGUUCGAAUUUGAUUUUUUUUUUUUUUUACAGUGAUAUUAUUUUUAAAAAUGGCUUUAAAAUAUGUUAAGUUAAUUACUUGAGUGACAAAGCCAUUGAAUAAUAUCCCAAACACAAUAAAGUCCACUCUGGCUGUUGCAUAUCCUGGAUACAUUUGUUAGUUAAAAAAAAACAUUUGGUUUAUGUCUGAACAUUUAUUUAAAAAAAAGAAUUGAAUUAAAAUAUUGAUAUAUAAC